AUGCUUCUCAACGCCUCCCACAAACUCAGCUUCAGUGGCCUUCCGCCAGAUCUCCUCGAUGCCUAUGUCCGGUACAAGAAAAGUACACGGGCCCUCUUGACUUGGUUCCUCCAGCAUAGCCCGACGCCAGACAAACCCGUCAAGAGCUUGACCAUCAAGGAUCUUGAGUCUCUGGCUCAAGUGGCGUCCAAGAAGAUACGUUCUCUACCCGAUAUAGUGCAUUUUUACUUUCGCGAAACCAUUUCAGACCGGAAGAAAUUCAGCAAGCUCACCAAGAUCUACAAUGACCUCUGCGUCUGUUGUGGUGACCACAAGCCGGGGAACCAACCACACCGUAAAUCGCUCUCGGCAUCUCCUAUUUGUCAAUCACUGCGUCCGGUCAAUCUUUACGAGGGCCUGGUAGUUGAGGAUGCCGAAGACCACGAAGGCCAGAGCCAUGGCAAGGUAGGACAUCCAGGGCAGUCCAAGCCCAUCUCACCGCCACCAUCGACCACUGAGCGUCAAGAUCUCGACAUUCGUCUUGCAGACGAUGACCUUGGCAACGCUCUCGAACUGGCAGCCGCGGCGCAGCAAAUCCACGAUAUAUCCUUCUCUGUCGAACAAUAUUGGCGGCUUGUGGGCGAGGGUACCCUCUCGUUCGCAGUUGCAGCUUUUAUCACCAAUGUUGCUUUUGCUUGUCUGCGCCGAACUGUCACCGAAUUACUUCAACACGACGAAAACUUGAGCCUGGCAGACGUCCGUCGCAUAUGCGCUCUCAAUCGUCCAGCAAAUAAAUGUGCGGGUGACACUAAGGAGCCCAUGCGCACUGACCAAGCCCUGAUGGAUCGACUGCAGCACUUUCAACAAACACUUGCAGAUGUUUCGAGCGGUAGUCUAACCCUUGCUGACCCGUCUUGCGCCAAAUGCGGCCACAAAGAGGCUCAAGAAGCUCAGCGGAGAAUCGUCGAGGACAAUACUAGCGGUCAAAGCUUCUCAAAAGCCAUGAUAGAGAAGCUUGUCCAGUUGGUGAACAGCAAAGCAACAGAUGUCGAGGUCAUUCAGACCGGGACCCCAGUCUAUUGGGACGUGUGUGGCCUCAUUAGAAAUCCCGAGGACACUCCCACGUCUUGGACAGCUGUUCUGGGACUGGAUCUUCUAACCCAAAGCACCAAAAGCUUCCUUCGAUCCGUUCAGCCGCCGCAGAUUGCCUCGCAAGGUCGGAUUGUCGCCUUGAAGCUGGCCCAUCAAGCUCGCUUCCACGUCACGACGAUUUUGAAGAACAAAGCCGCCUUUCCCUGCCGCUGUUCUCAGACUCUGGGCUGUCACCUGCAGAAUCUGGAGACCGAAUUGCACCAGUAUGCAAGCUACAAUUGCUGGGACCUCCUGUUUCAAUCGCCAUGGGUCGCCGGCAACCACGCCCUCGAAAUGGUGGACCUGUGCCACUACUACGGGUUGCACCUACUCAGAUAUCGGCAUUACGUGGGCGCGGUCCUACAUUCUUAUAACGUGCUUAGGCAGCUUGGCGGACUGGAGGAGAUAUCGACCUUGGAGAAACUGAGCAUUCAGUUUGGCGAUGUCUUGUUUCCCGGCAGCAAGCCUCCCAAGUCCAACUUUCGCACUUGCUGGGCGAGACACGUGGGCGCAAGACUGAAAUUCGAACAGGGCCAUAAGGGUAAGAACAAACAUGAUAACUGGUGUCUCGCGAUUCCCGCCCAUGCGGCAAAGGCUGCGGCUGGAUUUGAUAUCCCCAACCACCAACAGAGGCAUAUUUCGGGUUGUAUGUUGUUCCGCUACAAGCACCAGAACUACCAUAUCAGUGAUGCCCAGAUGAAGCAGAUCAGUACCCCCGUAGUGCGUCAACGCCCAAACGGAGAGCGGGUGGUCCAACGGAUGUGCAAGACAGACGUCCAGAUCGUCGAAGCUGCAGGCCAGAAUCCUAAGCUGUUGGCGGUUGCCCUGAUGACGCACCGGUUGUUCACCACGGGCGCUGGGGGACUACUUCCGAUGGCUCGGGUGAACCUGUUUGCUCUAUUUGAGCGAUGCCUCAGAGUGGUGUCACAGGUCUCGGACAAGAUGCAUUCUGACAAUGAAGCCGAAAAGGGCAGUAAUUGCAUCUGCUUCUGCAGUGAGAUUUUCAGCGCCGCAGAUCGUAUCGUUAAAGGCAGACGACUGGGAAAGCUCGAAGCAUGGAAGGAACACGAGCGCAAGCUCAUUGAAGACACGAAGGAAGCAAUUCAGAAAGCGUUUGGCUCUGUUUCGGAUGAGGAGAUGUUGUGGAAUGUCUGA